CUUUAACAACAAUAAUUCAAACAAUUGCAAUCAUUGAGUCACAACUUGGUUAUUAUGCGUGCGAUAAAUGUUUUUAACAUCUCCUGACGCAACACAUCAACUUUUUUCUAACUUUUUUUUUUUUACCAAGACGCAUCUGAUCUAGUCACUCGUCGCUUGUUAUGAAAUAAUUGUUCCAUCAUCAUGGAAUAAUUGCUGCAUCAUCAUGGGAUUUGUUAUGGAAUAAUUGCUGCAUCAUCAUGGCUACAACGUGCAGAUUUGUGCUGCUGAGAACCUUAGGAGCUCAUAGAGUUGCAAGUCAACUUUGGAAUGUCAGACACAUGAGCUGCUCUGACAACGUGUACCUGUCCCAGCCUACUAUCACAGGUAGCAGCUCUCUGUCCUUUCGAAGUCACACCUGUGGACAGCUGAGACGCCAGCAUGUGGGAGAGAAGGUCACGCUCUGUGGUUGGGUCCAGUACCUCAGACAAGACCUGUUCGUCAUUCUUCGAGAUUUCAGCGGUUCCACCCAAGUUCUCAUACCUCAGGAGGAAUCUGCGCGCCACCUUAAAGGAGUCCUGUGCAGUCUCACUGCUGAGUCCGUGAUCAAAGUCGCAGGGAUCGUUAGGCAACGGCCACCAGGACAGGAGAACAAGGGGAUGCCAACAGGAGACAUCGAAGUCCUCGCCGAGGACGUGGACGUCUAUAACACCUGCCGCAAGUUGCCCUUUGAAUUGAAAGACUUUGUCAAAAAAUCCGAGUCGUUGCGCCUGCGGUUUCGCUACCUGGACCUGCGCUCGUCCAACUUGCAGAAGAACCUGCGACUGAGGUCCCAGCUGGUGAUGAAGAUGAGAGAAUAUCUCUGCUAUAUGCACGGUUUUGUUGACGUAGAAACUCCCACUCUGUUUAAAAGAACACCAGGGGGAGCUAAAGAGUUUGUGGUUCCCUCCAGAGAGCCAGCUCGUUUCUACUCGCUCCCUCAGAGUCCUCAGCAGUUCAAACAGCUUUUAAUGGUGGCAGGAAUUGACAGGUACUUCCAGGUUGCGCGGUGCUAUCGUGACGAAGGCUCCAAACCAGACCGCCAGCCUGAGUUCACCCAACUGGACAUAGAAAUGUCUUUUGUGGAGCAGGCGGGAAUCACAUCUCUGGUGGAGGCUUUGCUGCAGUACUCCUGGCCUGCGGACAAAGGUGGCAUCACCAUUCCCUUCCCAACCAUGACGUACCAAGAGGCCAUGAGGGACUAUGGUGUGGACAAACCCGAUACCAGAUUUGGCAUGAAGCUGAUGGACAUCACAGACCUCUUCCUGUCUGCUGACAUCAGCUUCUUCAAAUCAGCCGUCAGCCAACCAGGAAGCUCCAUUUUGGCCAUGUGUGUCCCCAGUGGAGCAGAAGUGUUUACUGCUAAAGAUUUGGAGGGACUGAAACAGGUGUCAAAGACUCACUUUCACCAGGAGGUGAGUGUGGUGCUGGUCCGAGCUGACGGAACACUGAAGUCUCCCCUGAAGAAGCUGCUGGCGGACUCCAUCACUGAUGCCUUGUUGAAGAAGACCAGAGCCCAACCUGGAGACCUCCUCCUCAUAGCUGCUGGUCCUACUGACAUUGUGCGACCACUGCUGGGUAGUCUUCGUUUGAGGUGUGCAGAUCUCCUGGAGUCUCACGGCUCUUCAGUCCGUGACCCUUCAAGCUUCCACUUUCUGUGGGUUGUGGAUUUCCCUCUCUUCCUGCCUAAAGAGGAUGAUCCUGAGCAGCUUGAGUCUGCCCAUCAUCCAUUUACUGCUCCAGUGCCAGAGGACACAGCGCUACUGUACACACACCCACAGCAAGUCCGUGGUCAGCACUACGACCUGGUGUUGAACGGCUGUGAGAUCGGAGGAGGAUCCAUCCGUAUUCAUAACGCUUCUAUGCAGCUUCACGUCUUGAAGAAUAUCCUCAAGGAGGAUCCCACUCUUCUUGCUCACCUGCUGGAGGCUCUGGACUCAGGAGCGCCACCCCAUGGUGGCAUCGCCCUUGGUUUGGACCGGCUGGUGUCCAUCCUGGUGGGUGCCUUCAGCAUACGUGAUGUCAUAGCCUUCCCCAAGUCCUUCCGAGGUCGCGACCUCAUGAGCUGUGCCCCACAUUUAGUGUCAGAGGAGGAGCUGAAGUCGUACCACAUAUCAGUCAACUGGCCCGCAGACAGCAGAGGAGGACAAGAUGACCAAUGUGGAGAUUUGGAAGGAAGAUUUUAAUCCCACCAAGGGACUUACAAAAACAAUGAUCAUAAAUCCUGGUCUGGUCUUGAUGCAGUUGCUGUGUGAACAACACAAACAAAGUGGUGUUGUUCACCUUUCAUAAAGGAAAGUAGAGCAGAUGAACAGAAGUAAUCAUGAGCUAACUGCUUUUAGGAAAGAGCUGACAACACAAACAAAGUGGUCUCGUUCACCUUUCAUACACAAACACAUUUUUUGAAGUAAAGUAAGAAACAAUACAAAUUGAUUAAAAAAUAUAUAUAUAUAUACUGUAUAUAUUAAAAACUGGGCUCAUCUAAAACAACAAAAAUUAUUCCAAUAAAGACAAUAAAUUAAGGGAUUUUCUUUUUUCUUUUUUUUAACAUUUUUCAAGAUUUUAUUAAUAAUUUAAAUGAUUAAUCCAAUGGGAGAUUUGGGGUUUCACAUCAAGAAAUCGACUUUUAUGUAUGACAAAUGAUGCUCGCAACAUAAUAUCAAUAAUUUCUAGGUUGCUAUCUUUCAUAAAAAUGCAAUUUUUAAAAUGUCUUCUAUAGUGAAUGGAGACAUCUCCAUAACUUAACCUCUGAUCUCCCAAAAUAAAGGUACAGUAUCGUAUUACAGCUAUAAC